AUGAUGAACGUCACAAAGGACGGCAAGGUCACAAAGAAGAUCCUUGUUGAGGGUGAGGGCCCAAUUCCAAAGCCAGGCCAGAAGGUUUCCUGCCACUACGUUGGCACAUUCACAGAUGGCAAGAAGUUCGACUCUUCUCGCGAUCGUGGAAAACCAUUCGACUUCACAAUCGGCCAGGGCGUUAUCCAGGGCUGGUCUCUUGGUGUCGCCACAAUGAAGGUUGGUGAAAAGGCUAACUUCUCAAUCCAAAACGAAUACGCUUAUGGCGAGAGAGGCUAUCCAGGUGUUAUCCCACCACGUGCUACACUCAACUUCGAGAUCGAACUUCUCAAGAUCUACUAA